AUGAAACAAGAAAAUGAGACAUAAAAUCACACCUUAAAUUCAACCUAAAAUUUACUUUUUGAAACCUAAAAUGAAUUACCAACUACAGUUUUGAUUACUAAACAACACUCAUUUUAAUAACAAUCAAAUUUUAAAACUUUGAUUUAUCAUAAAGAUGUUGAAGGCUUAUAAAAUCUUUGGAGAUUCAAACACAUCCUGGCUAAGAAAAUAAUUAAAAGAUUGAAGAAUAAAAAUUGA